AUGUUAUGUUCAUAUGAAGAAAAUGAAAAUUUUAAAUAUUUGAUUCCAAUUGAUACUUGUGAUGAUGAUGAUGAAUGUGUUAAAAUUUUUGGUUUUAUUCAUGAAUCAAUUCGUCAGUUAAUGUUCCGAAGAUAUGGUGAAGAAUUUUGGGCAAGUGUACUUGCCAGAGCAGGUUUUGAAAGUGGUAAAGAAAAUAUUGUUAAUCAUUAUUAUCCAGAUUCUGAUACAUAUUCAUUAGUUGAUAGUGUUGCUGCAUUAUCUAAGAUGUCCCGUGAACAGGUAUGGGAAAUGUAUGGAGCUUUUCUUAUUGAAUAUACUAUGGAAAUUGGUUGGGAUGAGUUAUUAAGAACUUUAUCACCUGACUUAAAAGGUUUCCUUGACAAUUUAGAUUCUCUUCAUUAUUUUAUUGAUCAUGUUGUUUAUAAAGCUAAUCUUCGUGGUCCUUCAUUUAGAUGUGAACAAAAUGAUGAUGGAACAAUAACAUUACAUUAUUUUACUGGUCGUCCUGGUUUAUAUCCAAUUGUUAAAGGAGUACUAAGAGAAGUUGCUAGACGUAUUUAUUUAAGUGAAAUAUCAAUAUCAAUAUCUGGAAGAACACAAAGAAGUGUUCAACUGUCAACAGGUGAACGUGUUGAGGAACAUGUUAUAAUGGUUAUAAAAGAAUCAUCUUCAAAAGGUUCAAGUGAAGGUAAUAUAGCAACAUUAAAUGAAACAAAUUCAGAUAGUACUAGUUCCAUCAUAUCUUCAUCUGAUUUAAAAUUUAAUCUUGAAAAUUGUAUUUUAAGAGUAUCACAUAAUGAUUUUUUAACAGCAUUUCCGUAUCAUUUUAUUGUUGAUCGUGAUUGUAAACUUGUUCAAGCAGGAAAAGAUUUAUAUAAACAUAUUUUACCUGAACUUCUUGAACCUGGUACACCAAUUAUACGAAUUUUUGAAAUAACUAGACCACAAAUACCAUUAGAUUUUGAUAAUAUUUGUAAUUUUAUUAAUGCUGUAUUUGUUUUACAAGUAAAAUUACCACCAAGUAAUCUUCAAAAAAUGAAUAAUAAUAGAAUAUUAAAUGAAGUUGAUGGAAAUACCAUGAUGGAAGGUAAUCCUAAUCAACAAUUAAAAUUAAAAGGACAAAUGAUAUUAUUAGAAUCAAAAGCUCAUGUCAUAUACCUUUGUUCACCAUAUGUAACAUCUAUACCAGAACUUUUACAAUUUGGUAUGAGAUUAAGUGCCAUGCCUUUACAUGAUGCCACAAGAGAUUUAAUAUUACUUAAUCAACAAAGAUUAAGUGAUGUUGAGGUUAAUUUACAAUUAGAAGCUAAUAAUGAACAAUUAGAACAAAUGGCUAGAGAUUUAGAGAUGGAAAAAGGUAAAACAGAUGCAUUGUUAAAGGAAAUGCUUCCAGCUACUGUUGCUCAACAAUUAAUAUUAGGAAAAAGUGUUGAUGCUAAAGAAUAUGAAGAGGCAACUGUCAUGUUUUGUGAUGUACCAAAUUUUUAUAAUAUUGUUUUACAUUGCCAACCAAAAGAUGUUGUUCAUUUAUUAAAUGAAUUAUUUACUAAAUUUGAUAGACUUGUUGUUUAUCAUAAUGUUUAUAAAGUUGAGACUGUUGGUGAUUCAUACAUGACAGUAGGUGGUAUUCCAGAAGUAACUGAAAAUCAUUGUGAAUUAAUAUGUCAUGUAGCAUUAGGAAUGUUAUGGGAAGGUAGAACUGUUGAAGAUCCUGUAUUAAAAAAACCAUUACAAAUUCGGGCAGGAAUUCAUUCUGGACCAAUUGUUGCUGGUGUAGUUGGUGCAAAAAUGCCAAGAUAUUGUUUAUUUGGUGAUACUGUAAAUACAGCCAGUAGAAUGGAAAGUCACAGUCCAACAGCUAGAAUUCAUUGUAGUAACAGUGCAUAUGAAGCAGCAAAUAAAUGUGGACGAUUUGAUUUUGAAAAAAGAGGUACUGUUUUUAUAAAAGGAAAAGGAAAUAUGGAAACAUAUUAUUUAAAAAAAAGUUUUAAAAAAAGUAUAUGGGAAAUUAUACAAAGAGAUAGAGAUGAAAAUAUUAAUUCAAUAGAUGGUUAUAAAGAAUUAGAAGAAGCAUGUGAUCUUGAUACUGAAGUUACCAUAAAUGAAGGCUUAAAAGCACAAUCAAAAACAUGUACAAUAUCUUAA